CUUGCACCUGUAUUUUUAGGUAUUGAAGAUAAAACUUGUAGAGAACCAGGAAUGAGUCAUUCAGAGACUGAGGAAGUUGGUGUUCUGUCUGCCUAAGGUUUUGAAAGUAUUUUAGAAGGGCUUUAUGGACCAAGGCUACGAAGAGACCUCAGUUUAUUUGAAGACUGUGAGCCAGAAGAGCUAACUGACUGGUCUAUGGAUGAGAAAUGUUCCUUUUGUAAUUUACACAAAGAAACAGUCAGUGAUCGUGCAUCAGUUAUCGGUUCUUCACAGUCAACGCCUACAGAGGAACUUUCAUCUCAGGGCCAGUCCAACACUGAUAAGAUUGAAUGCCAAGCAGAAAACUAUCUAAAUGCACUCUUUCGAAAGAAAGAUCUUCCUCAGAACUGUGAUCCUAACAUUCCCCUAGUUGCUCAGGAAUUAAUGAAAAAAAUGAUCCGCCAGUUUGCAAUUGAGUACAUUUCAAAAAGUAGCAAAAUUCAAGAGAACAGAAAUGGUUCAUCAUUUGAACCGAGUCUGAUAUGUAAAAGUAUCCAAAUGAACCAAACGGAAAACUCCCUUCAGGAAGAGCAGGAUAGCCCUCUAGACCUCACUGUGAAUCGAACUCAAGAACAGAAUACUCAGCAAGGGGAUGGAGUGUUAGAUCUCUCUACAAAGAAAAGCGCAAGGUUGGAAGAGCCAAAAUACGAUCCCUUGUGUUCUGAAAACUCGGUGUCUGGUUCAAGCUCAACAGCUGAUGCAAAUUCAGAGGAAACUACUAGUUUGGAAAAAGGAAAAUCAGCAUUAAACAAAGUUUUGGAGUCUUAUUGUUCAUAUCACUGGCAACAGACUUUGGCUAUGUUAAAAUUUUUAAUGCAAGAUGAAAGCAUUCCUAUAGUUUGCAGUUGCAAACAAACAUAUUCAGUCCACUCUGAAACUCCCAGUUUCCUUACUGAAGAGGAUGUUCAUGUUUCAUUUUGCAAUUGCAAAGGACAUAUGAUAACAAAAAGUUGCUGUUUACAAAAUCAAAUACCAAACACUUAUUUACCACCUCUGCCUAUUUGUAUUAAAGAUUUCCAUUCUUUGUCAUGCCAAGCUGUAGCGAUUGGAUGUAUUAAGACCAUGGUGAACAAAGCAUGUAGUUCUCAUAAGUAUUGUGCUGAACAAUUGCAAAAUUCUACCAAGCAUUCUGUGAAAGCAGUAGCAUGUGCAUCUUCAGUUAAGGACUGUGAUCUGUUAAAAAGCAUUAAAAAUUCAAGUAGAUCUCGCAGCCCGUCACCACCACCACUGUCACCUGUGCAGAAUAAAGAGUGUGAGACAGUGGAAGGAUCAAUUAUGGAUUUUCCAAUUUUAGACAAUAACAAGCCUGAAAUAACCAUCAACCAGCCUCCAUACUUACUGCCAGCUGAAGGAAGCAAUGGAGAAUUUGAAUAUGAAAACAAAACAUGUGGAGAAAAAGUGACUGAGUAUUCAGCUGGAGCACUGCAGUCAAUAGAUGAAGAAGACAACAAUUGCAUGAAUUCUGAGAAAGCUGAGAAAGGUGAACAUUAUGCCAUUUUCCAAGAUUUAAUGGACCGUAUUAAUGAAAAGUUAAAAUCAAUAGACACUACAGAUAUAGCAGCAAAUCUUGUAAAAUUUUCUAGCAGUGACAGGGCACCAGAAAAUGAUGUAAAAUUAGGAGACUUUAUAACCUCCCUUUUGCAUAAUGCUAAGGCAAGUGAUUAUAGUUUUAUGGAAUUACUUCGCCAACAUGAUAAGCAAAUGGAAAAUAAAAUAAUCCAAACAAGAUUUCGGAAGCGUCAGGAAACUUUAUUUGCAAUGUAUAAUUCUCCUGAUUCACCGUAUAUUCGACGACAGUCUUUGCAAAUCAAGAGGCAGCUUGCAAGCCUUGAUGAAACUCUUGUAAGAAAAAAGUCAAUUUCUGAGAGAAAUGCAAAGAAAUCUGCAAAGAACUGUGAUAAGAUAUACCCAAACAAAAGGCACAGGUUAACUGUGAUAGAAGAUAAAGAUUUGCAAUGUCUUGAAAGUAAUCCUUGUAUGAAUUGCCAUACCAAACAAGUAUGUUUUCCAGUACACCAAACAGAGUCUUUCAAACUACCUCUUGCUAAUUUUCAAACCAGCUCUGACUUUCUAGUUCUUUCAGAAGACAGUGCUUUUGCAGCCAACCAGGCUAAAUCUGCAAAAACUCAAGGAGAUUUUGCGACUUUAAAAGAGACUGAUCAACUUCCUUUGCAUGGGGAAAAUAACAGAACCCCGGGCAGAACUAAACGCAACAUUGUGCCUCCUGGAUGGUACUCUGUGUAUGUAACAAACAAUAUUGUAUUCAGAAAAUCAUCUGAUGCAAAGAAAUCUUUAGAAUGUUUGGAAAAAAUGCAAAUAAAUGAAGAUGUCCAUUCUGAAAGAUGCAGUGAUGUAAAUAUAAGCAAAAUUAUGAGAGACACGAAUCUGCAAGUUGUCGUAGAGCGUUUAGAAGAUACAAUUAACUUAGCUAAAAAGGCUAACAGCUCAUGGUUGAAUAGUUACAAAAUAAGCCAAAAAGUAAAAGAUAAUGCUUACGAACAGGUUGUGAACCCACUUGCUAAAAGAGACUUCCCUUUCAGUGUGGAUGAAGUGGAAUGCACAGGACAAAGCUUCCUUCCACAUUCACAUUUGUCAAACAGCAAUAAAAACAAAACUCUGUGUGUGACAACAAGCAAGCAAGAAAUGGUUAUAGAUCAAGAAAUUCAUGACAGCCUUUUGAAGUCUCUGAGCAUUGAUUCAUCUAGUUCUGCAUCCAGUAAUGAGGCCUUGCAUAUAACUUCUGAAGCUAGGGAAAUACCAUCUUCCUUAAGCUACUCCAGUCCUGUUAAGCUUAUGUUUGUCUCAGAGGUUAAUAGCAGUGAAGGCAUCAAAUAUACUUUGACAUCUGCAACUGCGUCUUCUAAAGGAAGCACAGAUAUUUGUUCAUUUCAGGGGUACACAAGCACUGUGUUAGACAAACAGACCACUGAGAAUCUUUCUCAUGCAAUCUGUGUCAAUGAUUUUGAAAACAGUGCCAAGGAGGAAUCAAGCUGUGUUUGUGCAGAAGCAAUUACAAGCUCCUGUGCAGUUGGUCAAACUAACUUAAGUGACUCAAAACAAAAUGAAAUUGUGGAGAAGUCAAGCAAUAGUGGUGAAUCUGUUUUAAAAAGAAAGCCUGGUAGACCAAAGAAAAUAGGUCCUCAAGUUGUUAAGCAGGUUAAGCGACCUAUUGGGCGGCCUCCAAAACCAAAAGUAGAUAUAACUGAAAGGAGAGAAUGUAGAGCUGAACUCAGCAGUGAUGGUAAAAGUACCAAAACUGAUGCAUCAGUAAUGGAAGAAGUUAAUAGCAACAAAAAUAUCACUGUGACGGUUGUUUUUGGAAGGUCAAGAAGAAUUAAAAGACAUGUUUCUGAAGGUAAUCUAAAUGUAAUCAGCAGUCUGCCCAGAGAACAGGUUGACUUCAAUUUUGCCAGUGACCACAGCAAAGAGGGGCAUACCACAGAAACUGAAAAUGCUUUGACUGAAAUAGUGAAAGCCUUGCAGAAUUCUUCUACUGAAAAUGAGAUCUCUGGUUAUGACUAUGUUAGACCUAUCAAGAGCAACCUAGCAUCACCACAUCCCUGCAGCAAUAUUAUACGGCCAGUUAAGAAACCAUUAACUACCAUUCGAAAACCUGGUCGGCCAGCAAAAGUAAAAAUCUCUGGCAUAUCUGUGACUGUUAAUAGAGUUUCACCUCAGGAAAGAAAAGUGAGCAUUAGCAACUGUUUGCCUCCUUUACAACAGCAGAACUUGUUAGAAAAAAACCUACCACAGGAGAGAAACAAUCAGCUGUGCAAUAAUAUGAGUCAAGUAAAGAGUGUGCAGAAAGAUUCUGGAGAAGACGGAUCAAACAGUGUUAUUACGACAGUGUCAAGAAAACGUGAGAUUCCAUUGAGACACUCUGUUAGAGACAGAAAGCCCUCAUUGCAUUUCUUACAUUCAUUAGCAUCCUCUAGUGCAUUUACUUGUAGAAGUGCCUUGCUGCAUAAAUCUUACAAACUCCAUUUGAAAAAAGCUAAAGAUCAAAAGGAAAAACGCAGGCAAUCAAAUCAGAGCAUAACAUCCACAGAUACCUCAGAAAUGAGAAAUUCAGAAAAUUCAGAAAAGAAUCUUGAGGACAGUGAUUUUGGGCCCAUUAAUGAUGUAUCAUCGGAUCCCAUUUUUUCAUCAAAGCCUUCUCUCAGGUGGUGGGCUACUUCCGCUUCAAGUGACACUUUGAUGGAAGAAUUAAUAGAUUUGAACAGAUUACUAAUACCUGGUUGCGAGUGGGGGGAAAUGAGUUUGAUAAAUGUGUAUGUGAAAACAGGGGUCCCACUGAACAAGACUGUAACAAUGAAAUGUCAAACCCUUUAGACUCCUGCCUUGUAGAAAUUGAAACAUCACCUAUAAAAAUGCUUUUUCAGAAAAAAUGUAACAUGAAUGAACUCUGCACCUGGUUUAUGCAAACUACAGAAACGCAGUCUCUCUCACUAGUGAGAAAGGCAAAUGCUCGCAAUCCUUCAGAAGUAGUUAGUACUAGAGAGAUAAAGAUGGAAACUAAACAAUCUGAUCUUAGUACUUGCCUUUUCAGAAAGCACUUUAAAAAGUUUGCACUAUCCUCUCCUUCAAAACCAGCAGGGAAAUUACAAAUAUUACAUAAUAUGGUGAGGUCUCCAGUCUUAAGCAUGAAAAGUAAUUUCGCAUUAGCCAGAUUAAAAAGAAAUGAAUUUAAAAAGUUACAGCAUGAUAGGUGGGGACAAACAAAAAAAAAGCUGUAUAGCCAGGCUCCUGGAGGCUGGAAAUCGAAAAAGAAAAAUUUACAGUUUUUUUGCCAAAGCCAGUUGUUUAAAAGUACAAGUGGGGAAAACAGUGAUGGAAUGCCUGUGCUCCAGGAAAAAAAUACGGUAGAAAUCCAGCCCACUCAAACUUUGGUAGAAUCUCAGAGUAGCCUCUUGCCAACUGAGAAUGAAGCCAGAGAUGCAUUUGUUCAACAGAUGAUGGGAUCUUCUGACUUUAACCCACAUCCCGGUUUAGCAAAUAUACUUAAGUCACAUGCAGAGACAAAUGAAAAAAUUUGUUGCCAACAAAAUGUUAGAAAAGGACAAAGCCAAGAUAAACUGUUUCCAAAUACAUGGAAAGCCAAAACCUUUAAAGAUUGUAGAAUAUUUCUGAGAAAAAUCAACCAUAUUGAGCAGCACAAUUCGUUUAAGUUAAAUAAUGUCAUUUAUUCUCCUGAAGCUGUUGAAAGUAAAAGCCAUCAGGCCUAUUUGGAAGAAAAAAGGCAUCCUCUUUUGAGGUCCCAUUCUACUAAGAAAAACACAUUAAAGAAACAAGAGAAUGAAAUGGAAACACCUAAAGGAUCUAAUUCUUCUAAAGUGACUGAAAGACUGGAUGACCAGUUUCACAGCAGAGAAUUAAGUAGUGGUGUAAACCAUGAUGAUAAUCCUGCUGGUAGUUCUGAAGUUCUUAUCAGAAUAAACAAAAGAAAAAGUCCACAAUGGGAGACCACUGAUACAAAUGUAAGAAAAAGGCAUAAGAGACAAUCAUACAAUAGUGGACAAAUGGCAGCUUAUUACCCAAAGUGCCAAGUAGGUAAGUUCCUGUUCCCCCCCUCACCUUAAAUUGCAAUCUUAAAUAAUUAGAGAGGUCAAGCAACUAAGCACUUUGGAUUUUUUUAAUUAUAUUCAUAUUAAUUUCAGAGUAGUAACGAAAUUAAACAUAGCAGAAUAAUUAUAAUUCAGAAAUACAAAUUCGAUACAUAUAAAAUAUUUUACGCUAAUUUUUCAGUUGUAAUAGGUUUGUUACAUUUUUUUAUGGCUGUAGCGUGGCAAGGUGAAAGGAAAAAAGCUAAGUAUUACAGUCCAGAGAGUCAACAAAUCAAUUCUGACAUAUUGAAGUCGGUGGCAGCUGGUUAUUAAUUUCAACAUGAAGAAUUUCAUUCCGCCGUGUAGCUUCUCAUAUUCUGAGGAAGGGUAAAUUAUAAAAUGAAACAGAAAUUCAGCUUAUUAACCAACAGAGUUGUUUGAAAACAAAACUUUUUUUUUGUCGCUUAAGUAUUUCUAAUGUAAAUCUGUAAUGGUUUUGUAAUUAAGUGGUAAAAAAUAGCACUAUGUACUUCUGAGAAGUAUUCGUUCAGAGAUCCGUUUUAGUAUCCAUUCAAUGCCAAAUGAAAUAUGCUGACUCUAAAGGGUUUGUGCAUUGAAUCCUUACAGAAUGAUUUGAAAUACAACAUUAGUCUAGUUGAGUACAGUAUACAGCUAUCAUGCUGAAUGCAUUUGUUUGGAAUGUUUUUAGGCUAGUGUGAAUUCAAUCUAUUUUUAAAACUAGAUAUUUAUAAUACAUUGUUAUACAACUGUGAUCUCAGAAAGGCUGGUAUAUGCUUACAAAGGGGAUACACUUGUGAAAUUGUUUCUUCUGUGAUAUGAAGAAAUCUCCUUAACCAGAAGUCUCAACUAAUUUCAAUAAAAUAACUAACAUGUUAGGUAUCCACAUAAGCAGAAAAAGAGUUCUGCGGAAGGAAUUCAGUUACUGCAGAAAUACUUGUUUUUAGAAACAACCCUGUAUGAGCUAAUCUGACUCUAUUGCCCAAAGAAUAAAGAUAAAAUUUGAAACAUCAGAGCAAAAUCUUAUGUCCCCCUUUGUAUUCUAUUUUGUAGAAAACUAUCCCAGAUAAUAAACUGAGGCAUUAAUUUAAGUUGUAAUAUAAACAGUAUUAUGGCUCUUUGUAUACUUGGUUUCUUUUGUACUUGAUGUAAUAUACAAUUCUUCAUAUUAAGCUCAUUUGGUGUAAUCAUACAGUGCUUUUCUGAGGUACAGAGUUUUUUUCAUUUAUACUCUUAUUUUUAACUUACUGAUUUGGGGCCAAAUAACAUAAAGAAAAAACCCAACUUGUUUUUCAGAAGUUCAAAGUUUGACACGAGGUUGAUAUAGAAAAAGCUAAAACUAGAAAAGGAAAGAGUAGCAUCUAUUUGCUUCUUCUUACCAGUGAAGAAAGAGCUCUCUCUUCUUUUUAUUUUGUAAUUUUGACUGUAGUCAAGAAAAUUUUGCAUUCAAUUUAUAUUUAUAUUUAAUUUUUUUCUUGCUAUAGCAAUGUAAGACCUGUUACUGUGAUAUGGUCUCAUGUUAGUUUUAAUUGGGACUCUAUUUCAUUUACCUGAUAACUUUCCUCUCAUAGUUUUGGAUCUUUGGAAAAAUCUGUUAACUAUUUUACAUUACUUCAUUUACAAUUUUUGUUUAUUUUCCCUCUUACUCAUAGUUAAUCAUAUCAAUUGUUGUCUUUAGAAUGGAUAUAACAGAAAGUUCCUUGAUAAAGGAAAUGUUAAAAGAGAAAAAAUUACAAUUCUGGAGCUUUCUCCAUGCUUGUAACUCUGUCUUUUUUCAGGGUACUGUUUUGGUAUAGAAAUUGUCUUGUUUUGGCAUGUUGAUUCAACAUUGUGUACUGUCUGCACCGGCUAGGGAAAUCAUAAAAAUAUUUUUAGUCUAGCAUGUAGCUACUGACUAAAAAGAAGGAACAUGAUUUCUAUCUGUGCAUGCAUGCAUUUUCAAACGUAGUUCUUGCAUCUGGAAGUUUAAUGCACAUGGAAGCAUCAUUACUUGUUCAUAUGUCCUUUGGAUUGUAUUUUUGUUGAUGUGGUAUCAUAAUUUAUAUCAUCAUUCUGUUGCCAUGCUUGAAAUGUUCUUAUGGUGACGCAGUCAAUAUUUAAAGUUUUUCUUCAAGUUUUUCUGAUCUUGGUGUAUUCUUAAAAGAUGGGGAUAUUGUGAUGCUGGUUUAUUAUGAAGCAUUGUGGCAAGUAGGCAGAAUGUUGUCAGAUUUUGUGUAUAGUCAAUUCUUGUUAAAACAUACUAGUGGAAUUGCCAAUUGACUUUUUACGGUUCAAGGUAGUACCAAGAAACAAGAACUAGCCAUGCAGUCAAUAUAGCAAGAGAAGAGAAUGAAUCAUCUUUUUAUUUUUUUUAUUUUUUUUUUUACACUAUCUGUUUUAUUCAAAGUGAGGUUUAAUGAGUAAUAAACAACAACUCAAUUUCUCAA